GCGCGUUUUAGUGAAAAUUUUAUAAAAAUUUACAAGUGUGAUUGUCGCAAUCGUUACUAGUUUUACUAAAUUUGAAUACGAUUAAAUUUUCAUUUUUCAGAUUCAGAAGAAAAUGAUUGCAUCAGAAGAAUGUCUGGAAAAUGUUACUCAUGAGCGACCAUAUUUUAGUAGUAAAAUCUUUGAUGAUAGCCAGCUGUAUUCAAAAAGUUUCUCUUUUAUACCUGUUGGUUCAAUGACUGCCAAACGGGCACUGCAAAUUGUGGGGAUGAAAAUCAAUCUCGAAUCUCAAGGCACGAAAGAUGACUUGGAAAUGUAUAAGUGUAAAAGAAUAGCAACUAAUAAUUUUAUACCGCCAACAGAUAAGCAUAAACAGAUAAAUCCAGCAAGUGAGACAUCAAUGAGAGACGAUAUCUCAGCUGACGAGAUAUCCAACUGCGGUGUUAGAAGAAGAGAAAAUGAAGAAAAGUCAACCGAAACUGAACUUCAACCUAUAUUAGAAAUGAUAUUAUCUUCAGUAAAUGAUGAUACUGAAAGAUUACAGCUGCAGUUAAAGUCCAGUUGUACAGAAAUGGAAUUUCCUCUUAAAGCGUCUAAUAAGAAGACAGAGACAAAUACAGCCAAAAGCCAAAAGGCACAAAAUGAUGCUCAGAGUAUUAAAGAUUGUAACGAUGAAGAGUUGAAACACGAAAAGAACGUUUAUUCCAGCAACAGUAAUACUGCUGAAAUUUUACCAUCUGCCAUUUCAUAUCCAGACGUAAAAGAAAUUGAUACAGAUUUCCAGCCACGUGAUUCUGCAGCUGUUAAUGAUGCUGGUCAGCCUUCGAUUAAGUACCAACAUAUAGCCAUUCAAACAGAAGGGAUCAUUAAUGCUCCUACAAGCAAAGAAAAGGCAAAAAAGAACUCUGAAACAGCUGCAAUUCUUAAAAGUGCAGUUUCCUCACAAACAUUUACUAAGUGCGACGACAAUGCAGCACAAACUGAAAAAGCUUCUCAUUACCCUAUCAACAGAUUUCAUGAUAUGGCUACACAAACAGAACUUUCUCAUACUACAAAGUUAAGCAGUUUUAGGAUAUACGAUAUGAGCAGAAACAGAGUUUGUGACCAGUCCAUUCAAGCGAAUGGUAUUAAAAUGGCGUCUGAUGAUCAAAGUUUUGAUUUUAAAAUCAAUGGGCAUAUGACACCAACUUUCUCCGAAGAGUCAACACUCAGAAAUUCCAUUCCACUCUUUCAUAUUCAUGACGAAAUGAAAGUGAAUGAGCGCUUCUGCAAAAUGCCCCAUUUUGAAAUUCGCAAUGAUAUUGUUCAACUUGAUAAAUCUAAUGAGACAACUGAAAAAUCAAAAUACCUUCAAAAAGUAUUACUUAAAAUGAAAAAUAAUGAAGACGAUCUCUGCGAUGCAAAAUUUAAAAGAACAUCAACAGAAUCAGCAGGCAAGUUGAAGCAAGCCGAUGUUGUUAAGGCCCAAGUUAAGAGCAGAAUAAACAAGGCAAAAUCAUUAAAUUUACUCUCUUCUGAAAAGUACGUGAGUAUAUUCGAUUUAAACAUAAAGAAGCCUCGAAAAAUCAUCAUAAAUCCCGUGAAUAUUAUUUGCUGCUCGAAAGACGAACAUAGUCGUAUUCUAAGCAGAAAAGAUAAAGAUGAUUUAGUAAGUUUAUCAAGUAAGACUGAAAAAAGUUCGAAUGUUGACCUUUCCAAUAAAAAUGAACUUAGUCCUCAGUUUGUGAUCAUUAACAAGUGCAACAGUAAAGCUUCCAAUGCAGAGAUUGCCGACCAGAAAGAGCCUUUAUUUCAUGAUGGUAAAAAAAUUGCCACACAUUGCCAGUGUUGCAACUGCUCAAGUAGAACACAAAAUCUUAGUAAAUACGCUGAAAAUUCAUGUACCCAUGGCUAUAAAGAUCUAUAUCAAGGAUAUUUUUCUUCCCAGCGCACAAAAUCUCAUACAAAAGUUGGAAACAGAAAUAAUUCUUGCAAAGAAUGCAGAAAGCAUGCAUAUGAAAUAUCAACCAGACUUUUGGAAAAUUUACCAAAUUCUCACAUUUGCGAUGGAUUAGGAGACGUAACUUCAAUAGAUUUAAGAAUGUAUGAAAAUCACAGAGAUUCUAUGGAUGUAUUUGAAAGAUUUAAAGAGCUAGAAAUGACUACAAGCGAAGAUAAAUGCAUUGAAUUGUAA